CUUUGGAAAACACAAUUUGACAAAGAGAGAGCCUGAGAGUUCAGUUGGUUUGCACCCUGCUACUGCUGCCAGGAAAUUGACUGGAAAAGUACCAAACCCCAAAUUGAAGAGGAAAGCGGCAGAGCCGAAGACCCACCUGGUGGAAGGAGCUUGCCGCCCGCCCCUGCCCCUCUGGCAGAUUCGGACAACCGCGGGGAGACGCCAGCGGGCAGUACAGGAAGUCUGCGCUGUGACGCGCGCAGUGAGAGGCCAGGCUGUGCGAGAAAGAAAAGUGAAAGCAUUUGAGAGGGAGCCGCGAGCCACCCUGCAACCUCCCUCCACCGCCCGUCUCCGGGCGAGGCUCCCGCUGCAUCCACCGCCGCGGGGGACCCGGAGGGCGGGGCGCUGGCUGCCCAUCGGGACGAGCUUGGUAGGAAGUUUUUCUGACAAUACGCAGUUGCCCGUGAUUGCCAUGGCUUCCCGCCGAAGCUCCAUGGCCAGCAGGAGGCAGGAGCAGGAAGACGGCUGGGGCAGACAACUUAGUCAGUCUCCACAGGCUAUCCAUGGUGGCCUGAACAGACAGGAGCAGUUUCCCCAUGAGCUCAUGCGCAAACUCUUCAAAGAAAAUAAGGUGGAGAUUGCAAGUGCAAUAACAAAUCUAUUUCCUUUCCUUAUGGGCCUCCGAGAUCGCGCCUUCAUCUCUGAGCAGGCGUUUGAGCGUUAUGAAGAAAUGUAUAGAAACCUGGUACCAGUGGAAAGAGUGAUGUACGGUGUUGUCAGUGAACUGGAAACGAAGUUUGACCAUCUGGUCCUGGAAGCGGUGUUCAGCGAGGUUAACCUGAAGAACUAUCGUGGUUUAAAUAAGAUUCACAGCAUUUUCCAAGAUGCGCUUCGUAACAACGUGUCUCACCAAAUAAAUGAUGGAGAAGACAUACAGGAGAGAUCCAACAUCCGACCAAGCUGUAGACAAGGGACCUGUGCCCACAGAGCUCCCCAGAUGACUGAUGAAGUGGAACAAAUGGAGAUGUCCAGAAGACUACCAUCUGAGGGAGAAGAGAGAAGCAAUGAAUGUUUGGAAGUGUGUGAUGAAGAAGAAGCACAGGAAGUUGGGCUCUCACCCCAAAGACCUCAAGCAGAGAGAAGCGAUGAAUGUUUGGAAGUGUGUGAUGAAGAAGCACAGGAAGUUGGGCUCUCACCCCAAAGAGCUGGGGCAGUGACUUCUGACUCCAACCCUCCCCAAAAGAGAAACAGAGUGGAACCAGAGCAGGUGUCCAGGACACGACCAUCCAGGGGAGAAGAGAGAAGCGAUGAAUGUUUGGAAGUGUGUGAUGAAGGAGAAGCACAGGAAGUUGGGCUCUCACCCCAAAGAGCUGGGGCAGCAGAGCUACCAGCACCUGACGUUGAAAAGUGUUCCUGUGUCGUCUGUUUCACAGAAAGUGUUCCAGGAGCCGAAGAAGAAAGGACUGAAAGUAGCCAAGCACCUGUUACUGUGGAUACUGGAAACAAGUCUACUUUGGGAAAACGUACAAGGAAAAGAAAAAAAAAGAAAGGGCAUUCCUGGUCAAGAAAAAAAAGGAACGUAUAUCAAAAAGGUCUAAGAAAGCACAGAAAGAAAAGAGAUGAAAUUGUGAAUGUUCACUCUUCUUCACUUCCUGUGACUUGUGGUGAGGUGAAGGGGAUUUUAUAUAAGAAGAAAUUGGAGCGAGGAGCCUCGGUGAAGUGUGUACAGAGCGAGGCUGGAGAGUGGUUCACCGCCAGGGAAUUUGAAAUCACAGGAGGCCGUGCAAGAUGGAAGAAUUGGAAGCUGAGUAUACGCUGUGCUGGAUGGCCCCUGCAGUGGCUGAUGGAGGAACAAUUGCUACCUCUGCCUCGAAUUAGUGGGAAAAGAAAGCUGGAAAACUCAGAUACAUGUGAGGUGUGCCAGACUAAAGAAGACCUGUUCUGCUGUGACACUUGUCUAAAUUCCUUUCACAAGGACUGUCACAUCCCACCGGUGGAUCCUGAGAGGAACCCGUGGAGCUGUAUCAUAUGCAUGAUAGAGGUUUCUUCAGUAAGCCAACAGUGUCACCAGGAGUCUGAGAUCCUGGAGAGGCUGAUGCUGCCUGAGGAACAGCUGAAAUGUGAGUUCCUCCUCUUGAAGGUCUAUUGCAAUCUAGAGAGCUCCUUUAUCAAUAUUCUACAUGACUACAAUAAUCAAGGGGAUUCUCAGAGAAUAAAGGAACAAAUUCAAAAAAUAAAAAAGCGGCUGUCUGAGAAGGUGUACCAGCGGGUAGAGGGGUUUGUGCGUGACAUGUGCCUCUUCUUCAAGAAGAACAAUGACUUUGACCAAAUGGGACUUACAAUGGAGGCUGAAUUUGAGAAGAAUUUCAAGGAAGUAUUUGCCAUUCAGGAAACAAACGAGAACAAUUCGCUGGGAUAGUGGAUGUUGUUGGAGCCCAGGACAAGCCCCUUUGUUGGGCAGGUCUUCCCAUUCCCCAGCAGCUGUGAGUUGCAGGAAGAAGAAAGAAGAGAAAAAUCUCCCGACAUUCCUUCGUUGACUACAAAAAAAUAUCCUUAGUCUUCUCCACAAUGUAUAUGGUUUGUAAGUAUUAACUCCCAACUGAAAUUCUGGAAUAAAUCAUGUGUUUCCCCAGGCAUACUAUUUGUUGUUA